AUGUCUUCACAGCCAUCUAUCGCGUCCAUAUCCUUCGAACAGCAUGCCUCCGGACUAGCCAUUGGAGUGUCGAAACCCCGCAUUUCCUGGAGGUUCGCGGCAACCAACGACACAAUCCCCAACUGGGAGCAAACGGCAUACACCCUCGAAAUUUCUCGCGAGUCCGAAUCUCCAGAAUCAUAUCAUGUCCAGUCAUCCGAAUCCGUCCUUGUCCCCUGGCCCAGCCAACCCCUCCAGUCUCGCGAAGCCGCCCGAGUUCGCGUUCGCGCCCACGGUGGCUCUGCCAAGGCAACAGAAUGGUCCGAAUGGACAACUGUCGAGUGUGGCCUGUUGAACCGGCAAGAUUGGACUGCAAAGGCAAUUACCAGCCCAGUCAAGCAAGCAGAGGGUCCACUGCGACCACUUCGUUUCAGAAAGACGUUCACCCUUUCUGCCGAGGUGAAGCAGGCACGCCUGUAUAUUACCAGUCUCGGCGUGUUCCAAACUUACAUCAAUGGUGUUGCCGUGGGUGAUCAUUGUAUGGCGCCCGGAUGGACGAGUUAUAAGCACCGAUUGAACUAUGAAACCUUCGACGUCUCAUCGCUGCUCAUUGCGAAUGGCCCAAAUGCCAUUGCCGUUGAGCUUGCAGAGGGAUGGUACGCCACGAGACUCGGGUUCCUGGGUGGUCGAAGAUUCCUCUACGGCGAUGAGAUGGCAUUACUUGCACAGUUGGAAAUUGAUUCGGGAACGGAGAAGCAGACUAUCAUGACUGAUUCCACAUGGAAGUCGCAUGAUUCAGCCUUGAUUACCAGUGAGAUCUAUGAUGGCGAGGUAUACGAUGCUCGCGAAGAACAAGAAGGCUGGCAAAGCAGCCCCUUCGCCGAAGAGUCCUGGGAUGCCGUGCGCGAGACCGAGUUCCCUCAAACGGAGCUCGUCUCGCCUAACGCACCACCCGUACGAGUAACCGAGGUCGUCAAGCCAGUCGAGAUUAUCACGACACCCUCGGGAAAGACGAUCGUCGACUUUGGCCAGAACCUCGUUGGGCGAAUCGGUAUCCCAUCACUCAUCAAACCAGCCAACCACACCGUAACCCUCAUCCACGCCGAAGUCCUCGAAGACCAAGAACUGGGCAUUCGCCCUCUCCGUAUAGCCAAAUGUACCGACACGAUCAUUUCCACAGGCACUGAGAUUCGAAACUGGGUACCACGCUUUACGUUCCACGGCUUCCGCUACGUUCAAAUCGACGGAUGGAGUCCCCAGGAUAGCACCGACCCUCUUACCCUCGACAGUCUCCACGCCGAAGUCAUGCACACCGAUCUCAAACGUACAGGCUGGUUCAACUGUUCACACCCAAUGAUCAACAAGCUGCACCAAAACGCUACAUGGAGCAUGCGUGGCAACUUCCUCUCCAUCCCCACAGACUGUCCCCAGCGAGACGAGCGCCUAGGCUGGACGGGCGAUAUCCAAGUAUUUGCUCCAUCAGCUAGUUUCCUCUACAACACAGCGGGUAUGCUAGGCGACUGGCUUAAAGAUCUUUCAGCGGAACAACUUGUCGCACCAAAUGCCAUCCCGCCCUUUGUCAUACCAAAUGUCAUCUCCGAAGAGCUCUGGCCGGUCUUCCCCCAAGCGAUCUGGGACGACGUCACUGUCCUACUACCCUGGACUCUCUAUCAAAACUACGGCGACACCGAUAUCUUGCGUCGUCAGUACCCCAGCAUGACAGCAUGGAUUGACCGCGGCGUGCAACGCGGACCAGACCAACUCUGGGACGAUACCCUCUUCCAACUCGGCGACUGGCUGGAUCCAACCGCACCACCCGAUCAACCAGGCAACGCCCGUACAGACGGAACCCUCGUCGCAGACGCCUACCUCGUGCACGUCACGAAAACCCUCUCCUCCAUCGCGACCAUCCUAAACGAAACAGCCGACGCAACCCGCUAUGAAGCAGACUACCUCACUCUCAAGAAACGCUUCCAAACAAAAUACAUCUCACCGGAGGGCUACCUAGUCGGCGACACCCAAACCGCGCUAAGUCUCGCCCUAGUCUUCGAUCUUCUCGUCACGCCAACACAAAUCAGCAACGCGGGCGCCCGUCUCGCCCGACUAGUCCGCCGCGCCCAAUUCCAAGUCUCAACCGGGUUCGCGGGGACACCGAUUAUCACGCACGCCCUGACAAAGGCCGGAUACACUCAACUAGCGUAUCGCAUGGUCCAGGAAAAGACCUGUCCAUCAUGGAUGUACCCGAUCACCAUGGGCGCAACGACUAUUUGGGAACGGUGGGAUAGCAUGCGUCCGGAUGGGAGCGUGAAUCCCGGUGAAAUGACUAGUUUCAAUCACUACGCACUCGGCUCGAUAAUUAACUGGUUACAUAAGAGUGUGGCCGGCGUGAGUCCGUUGGAUCCCGGGUGGAGGCGGGUUUUGGUGAAUCCCGUUCCUGGGGGGACGGUUACUCAGGCCGAGGCCGUUUAUGAGACUGUUUAUGGACGGUUGGAGUGUUCGUGGAAGGUUGAGGAGGGAAGGUUUGAGAUGUUGGUUGUUGUUCCGCCGAAUUCGUGGGCGAGGGUUGUUGUUCCGGGUGAGGAGGGUGAUGGGGAGGGACGGUGGGUUGGGUCGGGGAGGUAUACUUUUGAGUCGAGAUACGAUAGUCAGGUUGAUUGGCCGCCGAAGGCGUUGGGGCCGCCUAUGUUUGAGUUGGUGGAUACGUUUGUGUAA